AAAAAAAAAAAAAAAAAAAAACAGCUAUUAGCAAAACCGAAUGCAGCCAUUUCACAGCUUCACUUCCUGUCAAGUGAAGCGAAGGUUCCGUAUUCAUCACUAUAUACUUCAGUUCAACAAAUGCUUCAGAGGAUGCCUGAGUUCUCAAAGGACACCAUGAAGAUUACUCUUUACACACUUGUCUUCCUCUUUUCUCUACCAUGGAGUCUAAACGGCCAUUUAACAACCAGCCUUAAGAAUACUGAGGUAACAAACACAGCAGAAAAUACAUCAAGGCAGAGGGACUACACGAUUGAUUCUGGAACAAAAAACGUGGUUUCACUUUCAAGAAGCAUUCAGAUGCAACACAUCACGAGUCAGCCAGAGCAGCAAGGUAUCAGGCUGAGGGCAACAAAUGGUGAAGACGAGACAUCAAGGACAAAGAGGAAUGUAAAUGAUGAUACACACAACUUGACUACUGCGUCAACACAACUUGACGAGAAAAUUCUACCAAAGGGACUACUAAAACCAAUAGAAAGUUCCCACAGACCACAUACUAUAUAUCUUUCGCAGACAGAGAAUGCUACACAAUUUAAUGUCUCUACUAAACCACCCAAUGUCACAAGGGCAGAUGUUUCACCAAAAGAAAAGACAAGCAGUGGUCUUUCUGAGAGACAGAAUGGCACACAGGAAACACCUACUUCUCUUUUCUCUGGACUCUAUGAUGUGCAAGCAAAUAAAAAAGUAACGGAAAGAGUCAAAAACAAUACAAGUAAAGAUCUUCAAACAGUCCAGCCCCUAAUGAAAACUACAUACCAACCAAGCCCAGUGACUCAUCCCCACACUUCUGCUAUAACAACUGUGUCAGAUUUCAAUGGGACAGUAAGCAACAGUGGUGUAAAAACCACAGAGAGGAAAGUCACAGAUAAGUGGACAAGUACUCAAGAACCUGAGCCUGAGACUUCAUCUGUGACUAAGCCAACAAAGAUGUUGACCACCACUAAAAAGGCCACCACAAAGCGAAGUCCACCUCCAUCAAAAGACAAACAGCAAGCGAACCCAGGUCCUGCUGUAGCAGCCGUGAUUGGCACCACGUUUGUUUUGAUGUUCAUAGCCAUAAUCUUUAUCUUGAUAAGGAAACGUAAAAUACAACAAAGGCAGCUUGAAAAUCCUGAGUGGGCCGGACCAUCACCAUUUCUGGAUGGCGAUGUUCAACCGAACUUGCCAAACGUGGAUGAAUCUGAGACCAUCAAUAGACAAGGCUUCAACCAGAUGUCCAUUUCCAGAUACCUCUCUCAACGGCUCUCGAAACACCUGACAUUGGGGAGGAACACAAGUGAGGAAGUUCUCAUGGGGGACAUCCUGCAAGGAAGCACGUUUGGCAGAAAAAAUCCGGAUGAGGUCCAAACCCCUAAUGGGAAACCGACAACUAAAGGCUCAACUGAGAGAAAAGAUAACAAAAUCCAGGAAGUUCAAGCAUCUGUGGACUCUUCUGACUCCAAAACACCUGUGCCAGGAAGUGCACACGAACCUGUGACGGAGAACAAAGAAUCCAAGCAGACUGAUGACCUCACUCCAUCUUUGUCUUUUGGACCGCGAACUGUAAUUAAACUUCCUCCACCUUUAGUGUCUAUAGAUCUUGAUUCACUUUCAGAAGACGCAGCUCCUUUGCAAACAUCAGAUGGUGGCACUGUUCCACCUGCUCCACCUCUGCCCUAAUCUCAUGAGAAAUCUAAAAACCACUAAAAAAGACAAACACCACACUCAUAUUUGCUUUCUAAAAGUCCAACAAAGUAUGCAAACACAACUGCAUGCAACCUUGACUUAUAGAAACAUUUUUAAAAAAGGACAUAAGAAGUUGUGUUUUUUUUUUUAAUUAGCCAAUAGGCUUUAAUUAUUAUGUUAAUCAUGAUUUGCUCCUUCUCAACAAUCUUGAGAGAAUCUGAUUGGACAAAAACCUGUGCAGUCGAGAAUGAAUCAUGCAUAUUCUUGGUCGGGGUGUGCAAUCCUGCUCCUGAAGGGCCAAUGUCCUGCAGAAAUUAGCUUCAAACAGCUCAAACACACUUUCCCGGAAGUUUCUAGUGAGUCUAAAGGCCUUGAUCAACUGCUUCACGUGUGUUUAAUUAAGAGAUUCAUUCUGCAGGACAGUGGUUCUCCAGGAACAAGUUUGGACACCACUCUUUUUGGUCAAUUUUCAUAGAGGACAGAGCCUGUACAUUUUAAAACUGCAUAUCUGCUUAAGGUUUGUUUAAGUGCACCAGCAUAUAGCGGUUUUGAAGCCAAUAACUAAAAACUACAAAGCAAUUUUGAUUUUGUUCGGUCUUUAAAAUGUCAAUGCGACUCAUUUAUGUACUUUAAUAAGCAACAUCUAUAAGCUAAAUAUAUGGCUAGCUCAGGCAUAAAAAACACAGAAUGUCCAGUCUUUAGCUGCUUUUCCAUCAAAAUUACCUGGAACAAUAUGUCCAAGGAAUUAUUUUUCCCAGGAACUUUUUUCCCCCAGAUCUGUUGCUGUCUGCAUUUCCAUCGCAGUCUAAAGUACAGAGAAGAUUAGGCAAAUAGUCUGGUGAUUUAUGUCUGUGUGCAUUUCUAAAUAGAUUACCUGUUAGAUUUACCCAAAUCUAACUCUAUUUAUAUCCUGGUUCCUGCUGUGGAAACACAACGAGUACCGGCCAAAGGUCCCUAGUUCCUGGGGAAAGUUCCUGCGGUGGAAAUGUGGCUUUUAUUCUCAUGCACUUGUUUCAUGCAUUUGUUCUAAUACAUUUGAGGAAUGUAGCCACAAUACCCAGUUUGUAAAUGAAUUACUGCAUUGCUAUAGCCACUGGGAGCAUGUGUGAGCUUCAAACUGAGAGGAACUGUCAGACAAACAGACCCAAUAUAGAGGUGGAAUUAUGAUAUCACUUUCUAGGCAAAGACCCGGAAGUUAGCAUUUUAGCACUUCCGGUUCAAUCAUCCCAGAGUCAAUGUUUUUUUUUUUUUUUUUUAUGGGAUUUUGGUUAAAUAAUGUCCAAGAUUUUACAGACUUUCACGUUUUAUUAUAUGACAUAAAACACACCAGUUAGCCCCACUCGUGAUUUUUUUAAACUGUUCCGUUUCUUGAAAGAGACUGUUGCUAGCAAGUUGCUAAAUGGGACUACAGGCGCUGGCGGAGACAUUUAACGUCAUCACGCAGAGCAGUUUCUCUAUUUUCCAGUUUUCCAAUGUGUAAUAGAAUUAAUUGUAGAAUAACCAAUUAAUAGUUUCCCACAUUUUUAUAUUGUUGGUCGACAAUGUUUUUUUUAAUUUGCCCUGAAAUGCAACAAAAGUCUUCAAAUGGCAGAUGCUUGUUUAAUCGCUUUCCUACUGAUGAAGAGACUCAGGUUCGUAAGGUAAACUAUUACGAUUAUUCCAUGUAAACACCACAUUUACUGGCUUAGUCAUGGUGAAAGUGAAACUUUAACGAUGCAUAGUGCUUAAAGCCAGGUCAAUUUUAAAUGUUUACAGCCACAUGAACCUGUUACAGAGCAAAUAGAUUGUGGAUUCUCUAGAAGCAAGGAAAGUGGAGGUGGUGGAGGUGUAGUUCGUUUAUAGCCUAAAGAGCCGUUCACACCAAGCAAGAUAACUAUAAAGAUGUAGUUCUAAAAAUCGUUCUCAAUAUUAAAGAAUAGCGGAGUCCACACCACAACUAUAACGAUAAAGGCACAGAGAAACGAUAUCGUUGGAAUCACUUUCAGAACGAUUUUUUUUUCUGAUGAACGAUAAAAACAUUGCCAACCAAUCAGAAUCAAUCCUGCUGUAAUGAGCUCGUGAAUUUAAAGCAGCAGACGCGCGUCCGCUUGGAAUAUACAAACAAUAAUGUUCGCUGGUGUGGACGCUAAUAUCGUUAUCUUUAUAGUUAUCUUUAUAGCUAUCGUUCUUGGUGUGAUAACUUGGUUUAGGUGCAUUUAUUUAGGCUUCAAAAUCUAUCAGUUAUAUAAGCUUGUUAAGAUUAUCUUGAUGGACAAUAUAUGUAAGUUUCAUUAACUAUGGUUGAACAGAGUUUAUUUUUUUGCGAUAAUCCAAAAGCCUAUGGGAAAAUCCUAUUAGGCUUUUUAUUGAGGGAUCCAAUGUCAUGCUAACAGCGAUCUGCCUACAAAGUGACAUCAUCGUGCCCCCACUCUAUUGCAGCUCACUCUAAAAAUAAAGUGUUGCAACAACACAGUCUUGCAUCCUUCUUCCUUCAGCUAUAAAACAAAAAUGGUAAACGUGAGUGGCAGAUCUGUAUGUUAAUAUUUUAUGCUAAUAUUAGAAUUCUAUGUUAAUAUACCAACAGACACUCAUUACACAUUUACACUUCUAAAUUAAUGAUUCACAAACUUCAGUGGAAAUAUGCUGUUUAAACUUUCAUUUACAUUAAAAUCAUAUUUAGUCUUCAAUGAAUGAUUUGAGGAACCUUCAACUGAAAAUCAUUAUUCAACUGGUUCUCGGUUUCCAACCCUAGCACGCUCUUUCUAGGGAUCACCAAAACUGAUGUAUUACUACUGAGAAAUGUAUGAAGUUAGCACAAGUAGUAUACUGUGCUUCUUCUGCAGAGAUGAAUGCAGGGCCUGCACACCACCUGCAGCAGAAGUGAAAGAGGAAAUAGCUGAGUCAAAUUGGGAAACAGACCACAAGACUAUUUCGACUUAUCUUUAACAAAACUCACUUUAUUCGUUGGGAUUGAGUCAGAGUUCAGUGGUUAAAUGAGCGCUUACCUUUAAACUACUAGUUUGUGGGAUGCCACCAAAAACAUUAUCAUCAUCCAAUUCAAACACCAUACAUUGGUAAAGCUACAGAACUUUUUUUUGUUAGGGUUAUGAUAAGGUUUUUAUUUUCUGACAACAUCCAGUCUAAACUGGUACUAUUCACUGCUGCAGGCUUUCUAACUGAAUACUCAAACCCUCACAACACUUCAAUGUGCUGCUAUGCAGCUGUUCACACAUUCGAUUGGUGUUGCUAUGCUGCUUCGCUCCAUGGCUAAAUUCAUACCUCAUUGGUUCUCAUAUUGUGCACUUGCAUAUUCAGAACACUAGGGGGAAACAGGUGGGAGUCAAAUGGACAGACCACAGUAACACAGACCAUCCCAUCUUUAUAUCUAUAGAUGUAUAGCUACAUAGACAAAGAGUUGUAAUGAUACUACAUCAAACAGAGUAGAUUUCAUAUAAAAUACUCUAAACUAACUACACUAUAGGGGAUACAUCAACAAGAUGAAUGAAAUUAACCUGAGAAUUAACUCGGACCAAUUCUGAAAUACUCAGGAAUGAUAUUUAAAAACCUCAAUCUAGAGCAAAACAGCAAAAACAGCUGGCACCUAAAUGGCACCUAUUUUAAACCACGUCGCCCUGUGUACUGCAUUUAGCUGUGUCACACACGUAUUAAUCCAGCAUCAGACGUUACCGUCGCAAUGGAGUUGGUGUUCAUUCAUCAAAGCAUUUGGCUGUGUGAGUAAUGGGAUAUUUAAAUACAGCAUGUACACAGACCAUAACAUGUUAAAGGAGAACAAAAUGUGCAAGUAUGGGAGAGACUGAGAGAGAAAAAUCAGGGAGGUGAUUUGUUGGUGUGUGCAGAUCUGGAAUAUAAAACACUGAAGUCAGCAUCCACCCCCCGCCUCCCCCCCCCCAACUCAUCAGCAGCAGUAUGGGUCGACUCUGUACUGCAAUUUGCCACCUCCCCGUUCCCCACCAUCCGAUGAUCAUUUCAUCUCCCUCCCUUGGUCCCUCCUUUCUCUCUCGACCUCCUCUCACAGACAACCCUGAUGGAAGUGCUGCAAGCAGGCAGCCAAAACUAGCUGAGGCUACCCACGGGUGCAAACGCUUGGCAUGACCAUGCCUGGAAGAACGGAAAGGCAGGGAAAUGGCUAAGAGAGGCUCUAAACCAAAAGUAACUAUCGGCUGUCAAUGAGAGGAAAAUGAGGGGGUAGGGUAGUAGAAGGAGGAGCGAGAGCAAGAGCAAAUGCAGACAGAUGCAUGAGACAGUGAAGACAAAACGUGGACCCUGCUGUCACACACGACCGGGAAAGCAUAAGACACCAAAAAAGGGGGAACAGCAAGAGAAGUCAUAACGGACAUAACGACAUGUUCACAAAGUAAUGGAAAGGACAGUCCACACCACACCUACCUCCAUGCCGACUAACCUGUUGCUCCUUCUUCUGUUCGGGGUGCGUGUGCUGGCCAUUUGCCCGCCAAUUUGCAGCUGUAGCAGAGGCCAUAGAGUGGUGGACUGCUCUGCACGAGGGUUAGCUAUACUUCCUGAUAGCCUGCAGCACAACAUUCAUUUCCUCAACUUGUCACAUAACCGACUCAAAGAUCUUGACGAACUCCUCAACCAUUUUGACCACUUACGAACUCUGGACAUCUCCUAUAAUCAUCUGCACCACCUUCCUGUUGGUCUGCCAAGAGCACUUUGGGAUAUACGUGCCUCUGGAAACUACAUCCGUCAAUUAGAGAAGAACGACACGGCCUACCACUGGAACCUUCAGAAACUGGACUUGUCACAUAACUUGCUGGAACGUGUGGUCUUUAUUAACAAUACGUUGUCCAAUCUCCAAGCUCUCAACCUUAGUCAUAACAAAUUCUGGACUGUCCCAACGAACAUGCCCCACAAUUUGGAUACGGUGGACCUCUCUCACAACUACUUGCUGCAGAUCUUGCCUGGUUCGCUGGAUCGCCUCCCCAGGCUCGCGAGAUUCUACCUGCAUGCUAAUCGUUUUAACUCAUUAAGCGAUGGUGUCUUCAGUCGACUAUAUGGACUGCAGCUACUCACACUUGGAGACAACCCUUGGGCUUGCGAGGACGAGGAGAAUAUAAACCAUAUGCUGACUUGGAUGCAACAGACCCCUGCAAAAAUCUUGGGCUGUCCCUGCUACACCAGGCCCACAUGUGGAGAAGCUCACCUGGCCACUAGAAGAACCUGGCACUCAGCCGCAUUCACAGAGCCGCCGCUGGGUGCCGACGCUCGUCAUCCUGGCCACCGAGCACCAAUGCAGGCAGUUACAUCUGGGUACCUGUCCAAGUCAGCUCAGUUGAAUGUUGGUCAAUAUCCAAGUACUGUUAAUACCUCUGGGCCAGGUGAGCAGAUACUGAUUGGGGGUGGAGGACUUCUCACUUCAACUCCAUAUAGCCUGUCCACGCAGUCAAGCACAACAAUCCGAACACGCAGCACCAAAAAGGUCCUUCCAGACAUAGCUCGCAGCACAAGUCGUCAAAUCCACAUAUGCAGCUUUGAAACCACCAUUUUGGGCCUUUUAUGUCAAGUUCUUAUCGUCAGUGCUUGGUGAUUCUGUAUAAUCUCUUGAACUAGACCUGCUGCCUUGAGCAUGAAAACAAAAAAACCACUAAGAAUGAAAAACGAGAGACUUAUCUCUUAGGUUUCCAUUUUCAUUUUGUUGUGGCUACCUUCUUGAGUAUUUUUCAAUAUUUGCAAUCUCUGCCUGCUUCCAAUAAACCUACCAUCUUCUAAAUAAUGUGACGGAGUAUUGUAUGGCUACACAUAUCAACAUCUAGACACAUAUACAAGUACACUACAAUUAGCAGUUACUUAAUGUGGAAAAUUGAAUGUUCUUUCCAGUGUUAUGCUUGAGCAUUGACAUUCAUUGUUUAUAUUGUGUAAUAAACUAAACACUUACAUUG